AGUAUUUUUUUGAUUCAUACUCUGAAGCCUUCUAGCUUCUUCAUUUUCUGUCAGUAGAUUUGACGAGGCCGGGUUGUUCGUCGACGCGGAGGUCGUGCUUCCUUCAACCAUAGGGUCGAAGAAGCAGCGCUGCUUGGUUCUGUUUUUGCUGGAUCUCUGUGACUGUGACUUUGUUAGAGGCAGUGAUUUCAGAGUUGCCGAGAAAUCUAAAAUUCGAAUUCCAAGAAAGUCAAAAUGGUACUACACGAAGAACCACCGAUCCCGGUUUCCUCGUUGCUGGAGCCUGCUUACGGCGAGUGGUCUCAACACGAAGAACUUCGAUCCAACGAGUUCCAGACCCUGCGAAAUUUUCACGCUGUUUUCGAUUUGGAGAACUCUUCAGGUGCACCAAUUGGUAUACCGGAAAAUUUUUGGGUCUUUCUUCGUGAGAAUCCAAAAUUAAAUAAUGUGGCUUAUAUGAAGAUGAAACACAUUCGGGAAAUCAUGAACUAUGAGCAAAACACAAUUGGCCCUUUUACACGAAUGAAAUCUAGGAAAAGCUGUCAUAUCUUGGUGAAUAACAAGUUGAUUGUGGAGGUUCAAGAAGACAAUACUAUGUAUGCGGGAAUGAUAGCCUUGGAUGCAAUGCAAUGCAAGUUUGCCAAUACAUCAGAUGGAUACUCAGUGAGUGUCCAAUUAUUUGAGCCCACAAAUGAGCCAAACAUGGCAGAACUGAAGGUGGUAGUUUAUAAAUUGGACAAGGGAGUUGAGCUUAACUACGAUAAACUGCCGCUAGAACUGAGAAAUAAGUUUAAGAAUCAAAUAAUGAGUAUUGGUCAGAAUGUGUCAUUUCACAUCGGGGCUUAUUUUAAAGUUACUUGCAUAAGAAGGUUGGAACGAGCUAAUGAAUGCGAUAAUCUACGGGGCAAAAUAACCAAAGAAACAAUAAUUACUAUCGAACGCCCUAAAGGCUUCAACAAAGAAAUCCAGAUGAGAAAUAUUGAGGAGACGCUAAUAUCAUUGGGCAUUGGUGGCAUAGGACCAACAUUUCGGUCCAUAAUUCAAAAAGCUUUUGCCAGUAGAUUUCUUAGCCCAACAUUUUGCAAAAGACAUAACAUCAAUCACGUAAAAGGAAUGGUUUUAUACGGUCCCCCUGGGACAGGAAAGACCUUGCUUAUGAGGAAACUUGCUGAACUAUUGGAUGUAGUGGAACCAAAGGUUGUAAAUGGCCCUGAGCUAUUAGUUAAGUGGGUGGGCCAGAGCGAGCAGAAUGUGAGAAGUCUUUUCGCUGAAGCAAGAGAAGACUACAAGAUUAAAGGAGAUAAUAGUUCUCUCCAUAUAAUCAUCUUUGAUGAAUUAGAUUCAAUAGCAAGGACAAGAGGUCAAUCCACUCAAUCAGAAAUGCGGGAUGGCAUUGUGAAUCAAUUAUUGACAAUGAUUGAUGGUUUUUCUGGUAUAAACAACAUCUUCAUUGUUGGAACAACAAAUCGAUUGGACCUUAUAGAUAGUGCUCUCUUAAGACCGGGCCGAUUGGAGCUUCUUCUUGAGGUGGGCACCCCUGAUGAAGCAGGGCGUCUUGAGAUUUUGAGGGUUCACACCCAAAAUUUAGAUAAAACCUCUUUGCUUGAAUCAGAUGUUAACCUUGAAGAGAUAGCUUCUUUGACUCCAAAUUGGACUGGAGCAGACCUUGCUGGUCUCACAAGAUUUGCAUUGUCAAAUGCUAUAAAUCGAAUCAUGGAAAACACUAUUGGGCAAGUUGAAGAGAAAAAUAUCAGAGUAAAUCAAGCUGAUCUCAAAUUUGGCAUUGAAGAACGAUGUGCAACCAAAAACUCCACAGUUAUAAAACUAAAAAAGUACAGGUCAAAUGUCCUGGUGGACAUCUCCUGUGUUCCUUCUCUUUCUGAAGCCUGCGAGAGAGUUGAUCAAGUUGCAAAAAACCUUUGGCAUUGUAAAUCCCAUCACUUUCUUUCCUGCCUUUUGGCAGGACCAAGUGGGUGUGGGAAAACAACUUUGGCUGCACACAUUGUCCAAAAAAAUCGUUUUAAACAUGUGAAUAUGGUUCAACCUGAAUCAAUGAUUGAUUUCUCUGAAAAAGAAAAAUCACAAAAACUUGUGGAGAUUUUUGAGGAUGCCUUGAAGUUCAGUUCAAGCCUCAUCAUUCUUGAUGAUGUUGAGAGAUUGGUAGGAUAUACAGAGGUUGGACAAUAUCCAAAAGCAAUUUCUGAAACUUUAAAGUGUCUACUGAGAAAGCAUGUUACAAAGGAUACAAAAGUGUUUGUGUUAGGAAUCACAAGUGAAAGGAAUAUAUUGGAGAAAAUCGGAAUCUCUGAUGUUUUUACUCUCCAAGUAGCAAUUCCACCAUUGAAAGAUGAUGAUUUAAAAAAGAUCUUGUUACACUUAAAUAUUCGCAAUGAGGAAGUAAUUAAAGCAGCAGUGUCAAAGAAAAUUUCCCUUAAAAAAUUGCAUUUGUUGAUUGAUCUCAUCUCCAAUGAGAAUGCGCAUGAUUGUUCUAGUGGCCAGAAACAUAUCGAUGAGGGGGACUUUUUGCAGUAUUUGAAUUACAUCAAUAAGAGUGCCGGGGAGUUAGCUCAAGGACAAGCCCAGGCCCAAGCUCAAGCGACAGAGAGAGAAAUUCUAACCUGCGACACAGAGAGAAAUUCUCAGCUUCAUGACCAGCAGAUAUUGGAACUCCGUUCUCAGAUUUCUAACCUGCAGUCUCAGAUCCAGGCACUUACUGAGGACUUUAGGAGUGCUAAUCUGGGGGUCCCUCCUGCGGCUGUUGCCACUCAUGUGCAGCCACCUAUGCCUCCAAGUCAGCCCUCUUCUUCACAUAAUGUAGAGCUCCCUUGAGGGACUCAUUAUUUUAGGUUGAUGAAUUUUUUUUUUUUUUUAAGAUUUUACUCGGAGUUGAUAUGUUUUGGUGUUGUGUUUGUUGAGUUCCUCAUCGCAAGUCCUCUCUCUCUUAUAACUUUGGUAUGAUUUUUGUUUGAGUUAAUACUUGGUUAAUUUGGAAGUGAGAAUUUAAAUUUAUAUCAAAACACAAUCUACAUGACUAUGUAU